AGGCACCCAAAGCUGUUGGAUGAGCAGUUGGUGAACAUCAUCCUAGAGGCAUGCGUCGCGCUGCGCGACACGCCAAGGCUUAACCAGUUUCUCACCUUUUUGAAGAGGUGUCAAUGGGACAUGCCACUGCUGUGGUCUGGUGCUACCUCCAACAGCUAUGCGGCUCUCAUCAAGGCCUAUGGUUCAACGGAUCAGAUCAAUAAAGCGCAGGAACUUUGGCAGUGCAUUCGCCAACAGGGAACCAUUCCCAACGAGCAGAUGUUUGCGCAAAUGAUCGACGUCUUAGUGACAGGUGGCCGUUUCCCAGAAGCGCAGCAGCUCUUCCGUGAGAUGCGCCAGGUACAUAGUGAGAGGAUGGCUUCUAGUGGAAUGGCCAUGGCCUAUGCUAUGAUCGUGAAGGGCUACACUCAACAGAAGGAUGCAGCCAGCGCCCUCCGCUGUUAUGAGGAGAUGAAGGUGCUGGGUGUGCAGGUGGGUGUGGUGGUGCUGAACACCUUGAUGGACGCCUGCUGCCGCACCGCCAAUCUGCCACAAGCCACGCAGCUCCUGGACGACAUGGCUCGCUUCGAGAUUGUGCCAGAUCUGAUUACAUACAGCACCCUGAUCAAAGGUCAUUGUUCCAAGGGUGACUUGGACAAGGCCUUGGAACUCUUCGGAGCUAUGAGGCGCAGAGGC